AUGACAAGCACAAACGAAUUGGAGAAAAAACUACUAACGAGAUGUUAUGAUUCAAAUAAUGAAAUAUUGCAAAUAUUAAAUUCACGUUAUUCAACAGAAGGGGAACAGAAACCAACCAUUUUAUUUAAACAUAUUGAUAAAUCUUCACCUAACACCAAGAAGAGAAAACUUGACGAUUCCACAAUUGAUGAUGAAAACGUAAUAUCUCCAGAAAGGAAACGUAAUACAAGAAAAGAAUUAAAAACAUAUAUCAACGACCAAUUGAACAAUCAAAGAAAACUUAUCAAAAAAAUCAAAAGUCUACAAAGAGAUAAAACAAUAAAACAAAUAGAUAUAUCAUCAUUACUAGAUAAAUAUAAUAUUUCCAAAUUUGAAAAAUUUAUUAAAAUGAAUGAAAUGUGGCAAUCAUAUAUCAAAGAUUUAUUAUCAACACCUCAAGGAAAAUUUCAAUUGAAUUCUCAAUUCAUAUUACCAAAAUUAGUAAAUGCAGAUUUUAAUGGUUGUUUAAUUACAGUUUUAAAAUCAAGAAAUACUAAUGUUGUUGGAAUUAGAGGGAUUGUUGUUUGGGAUAGUCAACAUCUGUUUAUUAUAUGUACACCAAGAGGUUUUCAAAGUAAAGAAUGGUUACAAAAGAAAGAAAAUGAGAACGACAAAGAAAUUAAUUCAAAAAAUGAAUUAUCCUCUUGUUCUGCUGCUGAAUUAGUUGGUGGAUUUAAAAUUAUACCUAAAAAAUAUACAUUAUUUGGAUUUGAAAUUAUAAUACCUAAAUCAAAAGAAAAUAAUGAAAAUGCAAUAAAUGAAAAUGCAACACAUGGAACUGAUGAUUUAGAAAGUUUACAAUUUACUAUUUUAGGUUCAAGAUUUGAAGUAAGAAGUAUUGAUCGAUCUUCAAAGAAGUUUAAAAAUCAUUCAAUUGAUGAUAUUUUAUGA